AUGGAAAUGAAAAGCUUGAUUGGCAAGUACAGGGUCUUGUCCGUCAACGGCAGGCCUGCACCGGCGGGUGUGACAGUGGAGUUCAAGCCCGGCGAGAACAGCGGAACCAUCCAAAUGCACGCGAAAGUGGCGAACUUCAUGAACGGCCAGUUGAAGCUCGGAAACCGCAAGCUGUCUGGUACUCUCGUGUCAACGAUGAUGUUGGGCAGCGACGACCUCAUGAAUAUCGAGAACGCCCUCAGCCAGGGAUUCAUGGACGGCAUGGCAUACACAGUGCAUGACGGAGGCAAGUUGACGCUGAAGUCUAACACACAUACCAUCAAGCUUGUUCCUGCGUAG